AUUCCGGCCAUCGCGUCAUUCUUCGAAAUUCCCAUCCGCCAUCUCCGCGAUCUCACAACACUCCGUAUAUCGCAAGACUCCAUGCACAUAACGUUACGGCCGAGCUGAGUUUCCCACAAGAUUCUUUAACAUUAUGGGUUUGCCUUCGAUCAACCCCCCGAUACGAGUUCUUAUCCGGACUCGCCUGGCCCAACUCCAGAAGAUUGAUCCUUCCUUUGACAAGGCUGAUACAGAAUUAAUCAAAAGGCUCUGCGAUAGGCUAUCUAUUACUGGUGAAACGACAGUUAGACAUUUUAUUACGAGGAUUUCGGAUAAUAAGAAGGUGGAUGAUAAUAGGGUGGAUGACAAUAAGGUGGAUGACAAUAAGGUGGAUGACAAGAAGGUGGAUGGCAACAAGGUAGAUGGCAACAAGACGGAUGGCGAGAAGGUGGAUGACAACAAGGUGGAUAAUAACAGGGUGGAUGGCGAGAAGGUGGAUGGCGAGAAGGUGGAUGGCGAGAAGGUGGAUGGCGAGAAGGUGGAUGACAAGAAGUUGGAACGAGUUGAUAUCAUUUUCGACUAUGGUUUACCAAUAAUCGAGUGUCAACCUCGGGUUAUAGCAUAUUCUAUUACAGUCGAAGGUUCGGAUUUGACUAUUAAGCAGCUUUCCCAUCCAAAUAUAAGGAAAUUCGUAAACUUGACGGUAAAGAUAUUCGAGUCGAUAAAUCUCGAGAAUAAUCGAUGUUUUCCAAAUCGACCAGAUAUUCGAGCAGAGACUCGAAGACAACGGCAUACUGUACUUCCAGCAUUUCCGCUAUGCCAUUAUAACCGCUGGGUUGUUGGCUCUGAGCAGUAG